AUGGGAGGUGGAUUUCGAGUUCUUCAUCUGGUGAGACCCUUCCUUUCGUUUUUGCCGGAAGUGCAGAGCGCUGACAGGAAAGUCCCCUUCAGAGAGAAGGUGAUAUACACCGUCAUCUCCCUCUUCAUUUUCUUGGUAUGCAGCCAGCUCCCUCUGUAUGGCAUUCACUCCACAACUGGCGCAGAUCCCUUCUAUUGGAUGCGUGUGAUUCUCGCUUCCAACCGAGGCACUGUCAUGGAGCUUGGGAUCACUCCAAUUGUCACAUCUGGGCUCGUCAUGCAACUCCUUGCUGGCUCUAAAAUCAUUGAAGUCGACAACAAUGUACGCGAAGAUCGUGCUCUUUUGAAUGGAGCACAGAAGUUAUUGGGCAUCCUGAUAGCUAUUGGUGAGGCAGUUGCGUAUGUUCUCUCGGGCAUGUAUGGUAGUGUUGGGCAACUUGGAGUUGGAAAUGCCAUUCUCAUUAUCAUUCAGCUCUGCUUUGCUGGUAUUAUUGUGAUAUGUUUGGAUGAACUGCUUCAGAAGGGAUAUGGUCUAGGCUCUGGAAUUUCUCUUUUCAUUGCCACCAAUAUCUGUGAAAACAUUAUCUGGAAGGCGUUUAGUCCCACCACUAUCAACAGUGGCCGGGGAGCUGAAUUUGAAGGCGCCGUUAUUGCCCUGUUCCAUCUUCUGAUAACUCGUUCAGAUAAGGUUCGUGCUCUUCGAGAGGCCUUUUACCGGCAGAAUCUUCCAAAUGUUACAAAUCUGCUUGCGACAGUGUUGAUCUUCCUUAUAGUAAUCUACUUCCAAGGGUUCCGUGUGGUUCUGCCUGUGAGAUCAAAAAAUGCUCGUGGGCAGCAGGGUUCCUAUCCUAUCAAGCUGUUCUACACCUCCAACAUGCCAAUCAUUCUGCAGUCUGCACUUGUGUCAAACCUCUACUUCAUCUCCCAGUUGCUGUACAGGAGGUACAGUGGAAAUUUCCUUGUGAAUCUUUUGGGUAAGUGGAAGGAGUCUGAAUAUUCGGGUGGACAAUUCAUUCCUGUCGGUGGUCUUGCAUAUUAUAUCACUGCCCCUUCAAGCUUAGCUGAUAUGGCAGCCAAUCCUUUCCAUGCACUCUUCUAUCUUGUGUUCAUGCUGUCAGCCUGUGCACUUUUCUCAAAAACAUGGAUUGAAGUUUCUGGAUCCUCUGCCAAAGAUGUUGCCAAGCAGCUCAAGGAACAACAAAUGGUGAUGCCUGGUCAUCGUGAAUCAAACUUGCAGAAGGAGUUGAACCGAUACAUUCCCACAGCUGCCGCCUUUGGAGGCAUGUGCAUUGGUGCUCUGACAGUGUUGGCCGAUUUCAUGGGUGCAAUUGGUUCAGGAACUGGAAUUCUGCUUGCAGUCACAAUCAUCUAUCAGUACUUCGAGACAUUUGAGAAAGAGAGAGCCAGUGAACUUGGUUUCUUUGGUUUCUAG